CUUCAUGGGUGUAAACCGGCGAUGGUGAUGGUGAUGGUUCAGGCCAUUUUUGCUGGGCUCAAUGUCUUCUAUAAGCUUGCAACCAUAGAUGGGAUGAAUAUCAGAAUAUUCAUGGCCUACAGAUAUAUGUUCGCUUUCAUUUUCUUGGCUCCCUUUGCUUUCUUCAUUGAAAGGAAAAGAAGACCAAAGUUAACGUGGAUGGUCGCCUUUCAAGCAUUUCUUUGUGGGUUUUUUGGGGGAACGCUGGCUCAGAAUCUAUAUGUGUUAAGUUUAAGCUUAACAUCCAUGACAUUUGCAGCGGCCAUGACAAAUCUUGUUCCAGCCAUAACCUAUCUCUUAGCUGUGAUUCUAAGGAUGGAGAGGCUGGGGAUUAAGACGAUAGCAGGGAAAGCAAAGCUGGUGGGGUCGGCCAUUGGUAUAGGAGGGGCAAUGGUGCUGACAUUUUACAAAGGACAUGAGGUCAUCAUCUGGUCGACGAAUAUUGACCUUACACGUGGACUCGGUAAUGCUGGAGCAACUACACACGCUGCUGCUGGUAAUCGUGCAUUGGGAUCAAUCCUAGCCUUUGGUUGCUGUUGGUGUCAUGCAAUCUGGAUGAUUGUUCAGACUAAGUUGAGCGAGAGGUACCCUUGUCCCUUAUCAAGCACGGCUCUGAUGUGCUUGAUGGGGUCAGUACAAAACGUCAUAUUAGCUAUUUGCGUUGAUCAGAAGUGGGAGGAGUGGAAGCUAGGAUGGAACAUCGGGCUUUUGACUGUAGCUUACUCGGGAAUAUUGGCAUCAGGAGUGACGUUUACGUUGAUAGCUUGGGGUGUAAGGGCAAGGGGACCACUGUUUGUAUCGAUUUUCAACCCUCUGAUGCUUUUGAUGGUGGCAAUCAUGGGUUCUUUGUUUCUUGCCGAGAAGCUAUAUGUUGGAAGCCUAGUAGGGGCAGCGCUGAUAGUGGUGGGGUUGUAUGGGGUGUUGUGGGGAAAGGGGAAGGAGAUGAAGAGGAUGUCUCUGGUUAGGCGGCCAUCUCAAGAUGAUGGGGAGCCAAUUGAGGGUGAUGGUAGUAAUGGUGGCGGUGGCGGUGGCGGUGGCGGUGGGGUCGGAAGCAUUGUGCUUUUUCAAUUAAAGAAGCCUCUUACAACUAUUCUACUACCUACACCACCAAAAUGGGGAUUAAGCCCCGUGGGGUUCAUCACUACUUAUGGGUGCUUAUCAUCCUUUGGAGGGAAUACUGGCAUUAGGGAUAAUGUUUACACUGAUAAUCAUGGGUUCCUUGUUCCUCGUGGAGAAGCUAAAUGUUGGAUUUAG